AUGGCAUUCGUUGGCACUGCAAAUACAAUUCAUGCUAUGGAUCCUUUUCGUCCACGCACAAGGAGCAUGACAAAUGGCGUCAGCGUCACCAACACAAAAAGACAUGAAAAUAACGGACAUCCAGCUCAAAACUUGACAAAGUUUAUCAGAUCAAGGAAUGAGAUGAUCAACGUUCAAAGGAACAAAGAGCCGCGACAGAUGCAAAGUCAACAACAUCACGCGCAGGCGCAAAUGCAAAACUCGAUCGCCUCAGCAGUGGCAAUCGCAGCUCCAAAACCUCGCGUAUAUCUUCCUCGACGAAAGAUUAAACGAGUUCCUGUCACUUCUUGUGAUACUUGCAGAUUCAGAAAGCUACGAUGCAACUCCAAAGAGUUACAAGAGGGAGAAAAAUGCAGCCAAUGCACAAAAUCUGGCAUUCCGUGUACAUUUGAAGAUCGUGAUGAGAUGCUACAGUUGCCCAAAGUGGUAAAGAACACUUCAUCUCGCAAGAAGAAGUCUUCGAAUCAACAAGAUGACAUGAUCAACAACGGAACACAGAUGCAUCUUGCUGCAAAAUACUCGCCUUAUCCCACACAUGCUUCUCUCCCUACUCAAAAUAUGACUUACAAUAUGCUUGCAUCGAACAAUAACGUCUAUCAAUACCCAACAAAUAACAUGAUCGGAAGCACCAGCUUACAAGCACAUCUCGAUUACAAUGCAAUCUCACUGCAAGCAUUCCAGCAAACCGUACAAAAGCCAUGGCAAAGCUGGAAUUUGCCCACUCGUUUGACAAACAUUCAAACAGGAACGGUAUACAACAUUGCAUCAGAACAAUUGAUCGAUUAUCUCAUCAAUCGAUUCUAUCAAGACAACACCUUCUCAACAAUCAUUUUACCGGAUCGUGGCUAUACGCACGAGUCAAUUUUGCCUGGAUCCGCUCAUCCUUUACCAUCAUUCUUGUUGCAAACUGUUUUGGCAUGUGCAGCCUGGUCAGAUUUGAGCACUGAACCAGAGCUGGUAGCAUGGAGAAAGGCCAUGUGGGCAAGUGCUACACAAUCUGUGCAUGAUCAACUAUCCAACACGAUCGACAUCGAAAUCGAAUUGAUACAAGCCCUUCUUUUGUUGUGCACAACUUGGCCUGGCGACUUGGUGCGAGUGGAGAGAGUAAACACCCUUGAUGCCGCUAUCGGUGUUGCAACAAGUAUAGGCUUACAGAACAGUAGUCAUUUGGGAAGUACGCUGGAAGGCCAAUCACUUCGUCUGGUUCUAUUCUGGUCUUUAUACUGUCUGGAUAAGAUCUUAUGUGCUGCAACCGGCCGAGUUCCAUCUUUACCGGGCACUUGUCACGACAUGCCUUUGCCAACAAAUGAAAACCUAUUCAGUCUCUGCAUUCCUGGAUUGGGCUCGGAAUUAGCAUGGAUUCAAAGAUUGUCAAUCUCUUUCAUCAAGCUGUGUCAGUUGUUGGAGGAGAUCCACUCCACUCUCUUUGAACCCAUUGCUAUGAGAUGGAUGACAAGUCUGCAAGAAGUCUUGUUGAACUUACACGAAUUGGAGGCCAAGCUGGAGCAUUUCUGUCGCGAACAUCGCUGGUUCUUGAGCAAUAUCACAUCAUUCUCUACCCCGCACAAAGCAAUUGCCGAAGCAGUGAUCACGCAGAUGCAUUUGACGCAAUUACAGCUAUACAUCGCACCUUUGAAGUUUGAAGUCACCUUCAGCAACGUUCGGCCGAUAGACUUUUCCAGCGAGAAUCAAAAGUCCCUCACAGCUACGAUUGAAUCCGCAUGGCAUUUGGUACAACAAGCAUUAAGGGAUAAUCGAUCAAUCGAUGCGAAAGCCGAAAAGAGUAUGAGUCUAUCGCUUGCUGCUUUGCAUUUUGGAGCCAAUGCUUUUAGAUUCUUGGCCACGAGCUGGGUUCAUUGGCAAGGCGGAACAGGAUGCGUACCGUAUGCUCCCGGAUCAACUUUGGAGGUUGGCAAUGGGCAAGCUGCAAGAAGUGAUUAUGCUGAGAAUGAAGGUGUUCGUACGAAUCAAGGGUAUACAGGCUCAAUGGCUGCUCCCAGUAUUCAGUCACAUUCUUCACCGUUUGUGCCUCAUGCUCAGCCGAACGCAAAUGCUUCGAAACAAAGACAGGGUCGUGCUGCUGAUCUGGCGGCACUAAGUAUUGAGAAUCAGGAUGAGACAGAUGCAAACAGCGGUAACAGAGAUCGUACAAGCGAGGAUCAAGGCGCACAAGAGAUCGAAGUAUCCGCCUCCAACAACAAUCCUCAAAGGGCUGAAGGAGCGAGCGCAAGUGUAACGUCACCUGCCUCUUUGGCAAUGUGCACUCCUGCACGGCUGUUAUUCAAAGAUUCCGAAUCUAUGCAAGAUAUGUUUAAUCGAAUGGGCCAGCCGUCUGUUGAGCAAGCGGCUAGUACAUCUCGUCAAAUUUCACCCACUGCUAACAGACAAAUGGAAGAAUGUCAAAAGAUGCACGCAAUGUUGGCUCCGAUGGAUCCUAGCUUGGUAAACGAGAUGUCAAAGUUGGAAAGUAUGUUGUUUUCCGGAGGCGAAGCAUACGCAAACGAAGGAUGGCCUGGAAGCGAAAGUUCUCUUACUUCCGAGCAAGGUGAAGAGGAUGGCAGUUCUGCAAAUGGAUCUUCCAAUUAUAUUCAUGGACCCUCCUCAUCCAAUAAUACCUACGGUACUUCCAAUAUCGCUGCAGCAAAACAACAAUGUCGCACACUGCCCGAUUCGCAUCUUUUGCCCGACAAUGCCUCAAAUAUGGAUCAAACGGACAGGACUGCCAACGGAGUCAUUGCUUCUCACGCUUCUUAUGCUCCUCGUAUUGUGCAGUGAGACUGCGCUUCCAUUUCAUGUGAUCAAUUCCUUUUU